UUGGCUCAACAUCGGUCACGUGGAGCAAUGCGGAAAUACGACGGUGGCUUUUUUGGGAACAAACUAACCAUUUGUGCGUAGUGUUUUAGUGGCUCGUUACCGUGUCGUCAGGCGAGUCAGCUGGAUUGGCUCCGUCAACUUUACCGCAGGACUCGGUGUCUGUACCCGGGCCUUGGCACGAUGCUGAGCGCUGCCGCCGCGGAGAGGAACAAGGAGCCCAUCCUGUCGGUGCUCCGGGAGUCCGUGGACACCGGCAGACCGCUGCAGGCGCUGGAGAUAUCCUCCGGCACCGGGCAGCAUGUCACUCACUUUGCGCAGGUUCUCCGGAACAUCACCUGGCAGCCAUCUGAGUAUGACCGCCAGUCACUGGCCAGUAUAGAAGCCUAUAGAGCUCAUUACCAGCUGGGCAACGUGAAGCCUGCCAUCCACCUGGAUGCUUCCCUGCCCCACCAUCACUGGGGAGGGAUCCCCCCAGAGAGCCUGGACCUGGUGCUCAACAUCAACAUGAUUCACAUUUCUCCCAUGGCCUGUACAGAGGGUUUAUUCAAAGGGGCAGCAGCAGUGCUGAGGCCACAGGGUGUUCUGUUCACAUACGGGCCGUAUGCGGUGAACGGCCAGAUCAGCCCUCAAAGCAACGUGGACUUUGACUACAGUUUGCGGCAGAGGAACCCAGAAUGGGGACUCAGGGAUAUAUCACUCCUCAGUUCCAUGGCACAAAAGAGCGGCCUAUUCCUGGAGAAAGUUGUGGAAAUGCCAGCAAACAACAAAUGCCUUCUGUUCAGGAAGGAGAGUUUGGUGUGAUGUAUCCUGAGCCGUCUUCUCUGGAUGUGCACCAGUCUCAGAGCGGGAUGAUCACAAAGCCUUAAGCCUCCACUUGAACUCCUGAUUCAUGGCCAAAGUUUUAAGAACCCUAAAUAAAUCAUGUUCUCUGUUUCCUCUAAAACAAGUGGGGAGUGGAUUUGUUAUUUUCGAUCCGAACUGUUGUUCUCUAAUCUGUGAUAUACCACAAUCUUCUGUAUCGCACAGCUGAGUUAAAAGCUCUCGUAC